GUCUUUGCCACUACGCAUAAAACUGCACUUCUCUGAAGAAAUAAAAAAUAAAAAAUUUCGUACGCAAAACCCUCUUCCCUCCCGAAUUUGAUCUCUCCCGUUCGUCCCCAGCUACCUUUCCCUCCGUCUCCUCCGAAGAUGUCGAAAGAACGGGCACCACCAGAGCUGGAGAAAGCGAUAACGGCUAAGAAAGCUAAAAAAGAACCUUGCGACAGCCGAGAAGGCCUCAUCGUCCUUGCCAGACUCGCCGCCGACGGCAAUCGCUACGAUCACAUGUUCCGAUACAUGAGAAGGCUCAUUGCAAUCGUCGCGCCAGACGGCCCUCUCACCAUGCACGAGCGCAAAAUUUUCAGCAUGUCCUGCACGAUCCUUCUCGAAGGACACCGCGAAGCCUAUCGCUACGUUUCCAAAGCAGCCUCCGAGUCCGCCGGCGUCGAUCCACAGCGGGCGGAAGCCGCCACCGAGUACCUGGAACUGAUCGCGUCGGAGAUCGCCAAACACUGCACCGAUGUCGUCGGGAUCAUCGAUAUAUGUUUUCUGCCCGCGGACACCGGACCGGUGGGCUCCGCUGCGACUCCGGAGGCUAGGGUUUUUUACAAGAAGAUGAAGGGGGAUUUUAUAAAGUAUAUGGCGGAGGUGAAGGACGGGCCGGAGAAGGAGAAGAUCGCACAAGAUGCCUUCAUGGCCUACUCGUCCGCUAAGGAGGACGAAGAGCAAUUGCCGGCGACAAAUCCAACGCGGCUUGAGUUGGAGCUCAGUUUAGCACUCUUCUAUUUUGAUAUACGCUGCUUGCCCGUUGCUGCUUAUAGUGUCGCAAAAGAGGUUCGCUUUUAUUUUAUAUAUAUAUGGAUAAAAAAAUUAAAUUAAAUAUUCAGAAAAUUAAUUUUUUUUUAAAUUAGUGCUGACAUAAUGAAUUCCUUGCUGAGAUAUUAUUUAUAGGCAAAUUUAUGUAUCAAUAUUGUUAGAUUUACCUUUGAUAUAUCUUAAAAAAAAAAAGCUUAAAAAAUUAAAAAAAAAAACUUUAAAAAAUUCAGAUUGUCAAUAGUAAUCUCGAUAAGAUAUUUAAAUUAAAACUUUUGAAAUUAUUAUUUUUAUUAUUUUUAUUGAAACACCGUUAUGCCACCAUGUCGGGUGCCGCAGCGUCUGAAUUUGUUUAUGUACCUAAUAUGAAUAGUUUUUCAGUCUUUUGUAAGGGGUUCUGUCAUUUUAGUGAGUCAUGAGUGCUUAAGUAUAAUGGCACUUCAGAGUCAAAUAUAAAUGGGACAAGAGGAUAGAAAGAUAUAACAAGUGAAGUGGUGGCUUACAUUUUUAUGAGAAAGCGAGUAAUUAAAGAAGAUAGGACUAUAUAGAGUGAAGUUGUACUAUUCUUGUGAUAUCUAUUUACACUUUUCUCAUUGUACUUUCUUUUCGGAGCAAUCAAUAAAAUUUAUGUUGUUUUAC